UGCGGUUCUGCGUCCUGCGCUGCGUCUGUCAUUUAUUUCUCUGAUUCUCCCCUUUCAGUUGAGUCAGUUCGAUUUCUGACCAAGUACUGAAAAAAAUCUGUAGAAAAUUGUAGAAGUUUCGAUUUAUUUGUGUCUUGAGCAUGAAUCUUAGCCGAAACCAAUGGUAAAUCAGUAAGGAUUCAAUAUCAAGCAAUAAGAAAGCAAUACUCCCCGCUUUAAAAUGGCUAAUGUGAACGAAGAUCAACCUGCUGGUGAAUCGGCAGAAGAUAGGUUGGUUCCAAGUGAUAAUAACGCUGUCGUCGAUGAAAAUGGUGUUCCGCAAGAAGUCGAUAUCAAUGCUCAAAUCGAUGAACAACGUAGGAGAAUGCAACCUACCAAGCUGGAAUCGUUUUUUGCCAUUACAAAGUCACUGAUUAUAAGAGCUUUGGUUGUCUAUUUCAUUACGUCGAUGUUCCGACAACCAGCUGCGCCAAAACCCGAGUUGAAUAAUGCUUCUGGUGCUCCUCGGGUUCCCGCCGUAAACAUGUUUAGUAAUGGCACAGUAUUAGAUCUUUACUCUUAUUUAUCAGAGAACAUCAUGUUUGGUGAUUUUGAGGAUGAAAAACUAAUAUGGAAGAAGACUGGUAUUAUUUACGGUGACUGGUAUGGUGGGGAAAAUGGCGAUGGCACAUUCACAUACAGUACAAGCUUUGAGCCAUCACAGGCAUUGAAGAACAAUGGUUCAAUUUAUCUUCAUGUAUUUGUGGUACCAACUGGGAAAUCGCCAAAUCCUAAGGACAAAGACAUUUAUGCCGGAAACUACGUGACUUAUGGAAAGAAAAUGAUAAACAAGUACAAGAAACUACGCUAUCUGAAAACUCACAACUUAUUGACAGGGCAAACAGAAAAGUCUGCUGAAGAAAUUAAAAAAGCUGAGACUAUGAAGGAAGAAAUUUUGUCACAUUGGCAUCCAAAUUUGACUCUUAACUUGGUGACUGACCAAACUAACUGGAUGCAGGGGAGUGUGCCACCACCACUUGACGAAUUUAUAUUUUUCUUCCCAGACGGUAAACAAUAUAAGCCAGCCAUAUUUAUGAAUGAUUAUUGGAACAUGAUGAGAGAUUAUGUACCAAUAAAUCAGACUACAACUAGCCUGCAGUUACAAUUAACAUAUCAACCAUUAAGCUUGUUAAAAUGGCAGUUGUAUACUGCUCAAGCAAUGAGAGACAAAUUGAGCAUGUUUUCAGCUUUAGGGGCUGAGGAACAGGAUGAGGAACAAGAUACAGUCAAAGAGUUAUUAAUGGAUACCUCUCCAUAUCUCUUGGGUCUUACUAUUGCAGUAUCUCUCCUACAUUCAAUAUUUGAGCUCCUAGCAUUUAAAAAUGACAUUCAGUUCUGGAAUAACAGGCAGUCACUGGAAGGUCUCUCUGUCAGAUCAGUGUUCUUUAAUGUUUUCCAAUCUACAGUUGUUUUGCUUUAUGUACUGGAUAAUGAGACCAAUGUUAUGGUCAGAAUUUCAUGUUUCAUUGGGCUAGUGAUAGAGAUUUGGAAAAUUAACAAAGUGAUGGAUGUUAAGGUUAACAGGGAGGAUCGCAUUUUUGGUAUCCCAAAACUGACAUUUACAGACAAAGGAUCUUAUGUAGAGUCUAGUACUAGAGAAUAUGACGUGCUUGCAUUCCGCUACCUUAGCUGGGCUUGCUUCCCGCUUUUAGUUGGAUAUGGAAUUUACUCAUUGUUGUACCAAGAGCACAAAGGAUGGUAUUCAUUUGUUUUGAACAUGAUGUAUGGUUAUCUACUGACUUUUGGUUUUAUCAUGAUGACACCUCAACUGUUCAUUAACUACAAAUUAAAGUCUGUUGCUCAUCUGCCAUGGAGAAUGAUGACAUAUAAAUUUUUGAACACAUUUAUUGAUGAUAUUUUUGCAUUUGUAAUUAAAAUGCCAACCAUGUAUCGCCUAGGAUGCUUCAGAGAUGACAUUGUGUUCUUCAUAUUCCUGUACCAACGCUGGAUCUACAAGGUAGACCACAAGCGGGUUAAUGAGUUUGGUUUCUCAGGAGAGAUGGAGCAGCAACAGAAACUGGCUAAGAAUGGUGCUCCAGCAAUCACAGAAGGUGGAGAAGAACCAGCCGCUGAUAAGAAAAAUGACUAAAUGUCUAAUAAUAUGUAUUGUCACUUCAUAGUAUAAUUUUUUUGUGAUGUGCAUGGUAUGUAUUUAAAUAGUUGUUCAGUUUGCAUAGUUAGAGCAAAUAAAAAUUAUACAAAUAGUUAUGCUGUUUUUGUCAUUCUUUAAUAUACAACGUUAUUGUACAAGCUGAGUAAUUGUGUGUACUUAUAACUUAUAGGCUUAUAAGUAGAAUUUGAGCCAAAUAUGUGUAUGGAUUAUAUACAAUGGAUGACUUCAGGAAGACUUUGUAUUCCAACAGUAUUUUUUUGUUAGUUUUUUUUAGAUCAAAUUUUUGUGAGCAAAGCUUUUGUGAUAUUUUAACUUGAGUUUGUUUUAAGUAAAGUAAAAUAAUAAUACAAAGUUGUCUAUUUUUUUCU